AUGGGGUUGUGGCAAGCGGGAAAAGGAAUUGAGAAAAAUGGCAUUAACCAAAAUGUUGGGAAGAUGAUAGAAGUGUGUAAGAGAUUCUUCGAGCUACCGUACGAGGAGAGAUCAAAAUACAUGUCGGCUCCAGUACGAUACGGCACGAGUUUCAACCAGAUCAAAGACAAUGUCUUUUGUUGGAGAGACUUCUUGAAACUCUACGCACAUCGUCUGCCUGAUUAUCUUCCUUAUUGGCCUUCUUCUCCCUCCGAUUUCAGAGAUAUAAUUCAGAAUCUUUUACCAAAUUCUUCUAUUUUGAUGGUGGAGGAGUUGCCAGAGGGAAGUCAGUUGAUGGUGGUGAAUUGUUAUCCGCCUUGUCCGGAGCCGGAGCUGACGCUAGGGAUGCCACCUCACUCAGACUACGGCUUCUUGACGCUUCUUCUUCAAGACGACGCCGAAGGCCUUCAGAUUCUUUACCGUGACGAGUGGGUCACUGUUGAUCCCAAACCUGGCUAG